AUGCCCAGAAUAUUUAUCUUCACCCAUCAGUGCCAGACAAAUGGUGUUGGUCUGUCGGUAGUAAAGGGAAAUAUUCAGUGGCGUCUUGCUAUGAGUGGUUGCUUAAUCAGGCGUUCGCUUCCUACUAAGGUUCUUCGUCACCGGCGGCAUCUAGAAACAACGGGUGCUUGCACGAUUUGCGGGGAUGGAACGGAGACCUGGGUGCACAUGUUCUUCGAGUGCCCGUGGACUACGCAGGUUUGGGCCAGGUUAGUUCGUUGUGGUUUUCCCUAUUGGCUGGCCCACACGAUACCCCGUGAUAGCCAUGGUCUGGAUUUCAUCGUUAAUGCGCCGGUGGGUAUGCGAUUUGCACUUUGGUUUAUAUGGCUGGAACGUAAUAACAAGGUGUUCGGGAAUCCUUAUAAUUCUCCCUUUGCUGUAGUUAAGGAAAUUCUUUCAUUUUUUCAAUGGUGGAAGGAUGCACGGCUGCGGGCAGAUAGGCUCAUGGAUGGGGUUAGCCAUGACAUUAUGCCGAAAACAGUAACAUGGAACCCCUUUUAUUGUAUGGGUAUGAUCUUGCAUACGGACGGUUCGUCCAUGGGUAAUCCGGGUCCUUCCGGCUUUGGAGUUGUCUUGCACACUCAUGAGGGGGUGUGGAUUGAAGGCAUUUCAGGGAACAUUGGCAUUGCAGACAAUACGUUGGCCGAGGUGAUUGCUAUUCUCGAAGGGCUAACUUUAGCAGUGGCUCGGGGGUGUACAACUCUUACCUGCUACUCGGACUCACAAGAGGCCCUCAGGUUGAUUAACACGGCAACAGUUCCUAAUCAUGUUAUGGGGGGGCUGAUCAUGAACAUCAGGGACAAGAUUAGCUCGAUCGCAAAUUUACGGUUUUUCCACAUUUGGAGGGAGGGAAAUUCCGUUGCAGAUCGCUUGGCAAGGAGAGGAUCCAAGGAGGAAGCUUUCUUCACUACUUGGGCUUUUCCCCCGGACGAUCUUCUCACUCUGUUGGCUAAGGACGCAGCUAUGUUUCCUUACCCGCGCUUAUAA